AUGUCAGUCAUUAGUUUCCUACGGUUGAGCUAUAAGAUACUGGACUCUGGGUUCGCGUGGGUGAAAGAUAAGCCGUUCGCCAUUGUCAAACUGCUUCACUCCCUUCUCCAAGGACCCAUCGCUCUUAUCAUCAAAAAAUUCAUCAACGCUGACUUUCCCGGACCGCUGGGCUACCUCACCGGAUACCUCGCCAUCAUCAUCGGCGCCGGGUUGACCAUCAUCGUCCAGAGCUCCUCCAUCUUCACCUCCACCCUCACCCCGCUCGUCGGCAUCGGGGUCAUCGAACUCGGCCGGAUGUACCCUUUGACCCUGGGGUCAAACAUCGGCACCACGACCACGGCGAUUCUCUCAGCCUUAGCCAACACGGACGGCCACAGAAACGCGUUACAAGCAGCCUUCUGCCACCUCUUCUUCAACAUCACCGGCAUCCUCCUGUUCUACCCCAUCCCCAACCUCCGCUUCCCCAUCCCGCUUGCCAAAUUUCUAGGCAACUGCACGGCCGAGUACCGCUGGUUCGCCAUUGUCUACAUACUCCUCAUGUUCUUCCUCUUCCCCGCCCUAGUCUUCGCUCUCUCCUUCCCGGGCUGGUACGUCCUCCUCGGCGUCCUCGGGCCCGUCUGCCUUCUCUUCAUCAUCAUCGGCGUCAUCAAAUGCCUGCAGGCUAAACGUCCCCAGAGCCUGCCCAGAAAGCUCCAAGACUGGAUGUUCCUACCCCAGCCGCUACGGUCUUUAGAACCCUAUGAUCGCGCGAUGCAGAAAGUCUUCUUCUGCAAGCGGUUCCAGACAGACUCUACCGAGAAGACAGACACUGGUGCCACGUCAGACAGACAACCUAACGGAGAGUCCAGCACGCGACUUUAG